CUCACUGUCUCUGUCUCACUGUCUCUCUGUCUGUGUCUCACUGUCUCUCCUGCCCUCCCUCUGUGGCGCAUGCGCAGUGCGCGGGCGCUUCUUUAGUUCCGUGUUGUGUAGCUGUCAGCAGCAGAGUGAGGCGGAACAUCGGGGACGAAAACAACCAAAGAAGAAGAACACAAGAUGAAGAACAAAGUCUGUAGCACUCAAGUGAGUGUGAAGAGACGGUCCUGGUCCUGGCAGCAGUACCUGAACGAACAGAAGAGUGAAGCUGCUCCUCUGUCACUGUUUACACAGUCCCAGUCGGUUCCCAGUAGGAGAAAUGGUUUUAAAGUGGGGAUGAAGCUGGAGGGCAUUGACCCGGUGCAUCCUUCUAUGUUCUGUGUGCUGACCGUUGCUGAGGUGAUUGGCUGUCGGGUCCGCCUCCAUAUCGAUAGCUACUCUGAGUGCUAUGACUUCUGGGUGAACUCUGACUCAGCAGACAUCCGACACGCAGGCUGGUGUAAAGACAACAACCACAAGCUCCACCCACCCAAAGGCCACAGUGAGACAGACUUUGAUUGGCAGCAUUACCUUCGGUCCACAGGCUCUCAUGCUGCUCCUCCGACCCUGUUCACCUGUCGCACUGCUAGCUGUGGCUUCCGUGUGGGGACGAAGCUGGAGGCGGUCGACAGGAAGAACCCGGGACUCGUCUGCGUCGCCUCCGUCGCUGAUGUCAUCGGUGACCGUUUCCUGGUUCACUUUGACAACUGGGACGACACGUAUGACUACUGGUGUGACAGCAGCAGUCCGUACAUCCAUCCUGUGGGCUGGUGUGAAGAACAGGGACGACCUCUGACCCCCCCUCAGGGACACUCAAACCCAGAGAACUUCCUCUGGGAGGAUUACCUCCAGCAAACUGGUUCCACAGCCGCUCCCAGUUCAGCCUUCACACUGAGAGCGCCACACGGUUUCCAGGUGAACCAGAAGCUGGAGGCAGUGGACAGGAAGAACCCCAUGUUGAUCCGCGUCGCCACGGUAACGGAUACAGAGAACUACAGGGUGAAGGUCCAUUAUGACGGCUGGCCACAGCAGUUUGACGUCUGGAGUGACAGCGACCACUGUGACCUCCAUCCUGUGGGCUGGUGCCAACGCACGGGACACCCACUGGAGCCCCCCCCAGGUCAGACAGGCUCCUCCCCCACGUCCCCCUCUCAGGGCGUCUGUCCCACUCGUGGCUGCAGAGGAGUUGGACACAUUAAAGGAGCCAAAUACACGGGACACCACAGCGCUUUCGGGUGUCCGUACUCGGACAUUAACCUGCGUAAGGAGGUGCUGCUUCCUGAUAGGCUGGGGGGAGAGAGAGUCAUCACCCUCGUACCCGUCACCAUGUAUCACCACGGCAACCAGGACAGGUUAGACAGGAGCGUCCAGGUGAAGACGGAGCCCAGAGACGAGACUCUGCUGGUUCCUCUGGGGAAGAGAAGGAGACAGGCAGACGGACUGUCCCGACCAACCAAAUUCCUCCGUAUGAAACAGGAAGAGGAGGAGCUUCACAUCACACCAGCUGCAGAGUCCAGUCUGCAGGCCGCCCUCCACCAGUCGGUCUUCUUGUCGGCCAUGUCGGCGCAGCCCAGUCGUGACCUGUCUCUCUGCUGGGAGCAACACCGCAAACUGCUGCCUGGCGUCUCCGGAGUCCACGCGGAGACGGUCCAGCACUGGAGCGUCCAAGAGGUGUCAGACUUCAUUGAGUCUAUUCCUGGUUGUGAAGAACAGGCGAAACAGUUCAGGGACGAGCAAAUCGAUGGGCGGGCCUUCCUUCUUCUCACCCAAAGGGACAUUGUCAAGAUCAUGUCGAUGAAACUUGGUCCCGCCCUCAAGAUUUUCAACUCCAUCCUUAUGUUUAAACACGCCGAGGCCUGGAGCCAAUCACCCGCCGAGGAUUGCUGCCAAUCACCUGCCGUGGCCAGGAGCCAAUCACAAGACUCCGUUCAUUUUCCAUCCAAUCAUCAAUCGGAUUUUGCCGUCAUGUGACGCUCAUCAAAAAGCGAGACAAAAACAGAGUACACAUCAGACCCAUUCCAUGCCGCGCCACUCGGUGCAUCUUCAACCACAAGAAAUACCUUCAACUGAAAGGAAAGUUGUUUUAUAGUCGUUUGAACACAUUGAUGCUGCCAGCUUAAAAAACACUAAAACACAGGAAAUCUUAUCCAUUUUGUGAUGAAUAAUUCAGAUGUUUCUGUGUUUGUGGAAAUAUAUUUUUGUUAACAACUUUAUAUUUACAAGAAACCAGUUUGCAGAACCAGAAAAAAACAAAUUAAAGCAAUUAAAAUGUUAAUACUUUCAGAAUAAAAAGCCAUUAAAGAAAAAUAUAUGAACUACUAUAAGAAUUGUAAUGAAACAGUCUUAUAGUAAACCAAAUAUUAAAAUGUCUCGUGUUAGCCUGAAAGGAUCUUAUCAAUACAUUAAUAAGCAUCUUUAAUUAAACGCUCACAAUGUCAUCUGAUCUGAUUAAGAUACUUCAUUCAGAAGCCCUUUUACACGUUGUUGAUGAAUUUAAGGGCUCGAUGACAUCACUCGUGGCUCCGCCCCCACUGUAAUGACACUUUAAAGACAGCAAAAAUGUGACCUCCUUCUGACCUCAGGAACUCAGGAUUCUACUUCUCAGACUAUAUAAUGCGGGUCCAUCACUUCCUGUCAGGUGACCACUUGUAGCGACAUUCCGAAGACCUGCCUCCUCUGCUGUGAUUGGUCAGUUUGUGAAGGGAGACAUCAGCUUUAUAUAUACGUAUCAUCUGUAGUGUUAUGAAGAGCAAUGUAUCUCUAUAGAUUUCUAUUUUAAAGUUUAUAGAUCUAUUUGUAUCUCUGUCCUGCUGGGAGUCGCCUCUGACUCCUCCUCCUCGUCCAAGAGGCGGAGCUCUGCUGCCCUCAGUGGGAGGUUUUUAACUCUGUUUUUCUUUGCUGUUUCUGUCAGUGUUCAUUGGGAUAAAUAA